AGUUGUUUGUGAAACUUUAACUCGAAAUGAAUAAUUAGAGAAGAUAAUUAAGGAAAAUGUCUCGUGCUUUAAUUAGUUUUGCAGUUUUUAAUAUUUUUCUUGUGAUAUCCAAUGCAAAUCGGGAAAUUGAAGGAAUAAUUUGUAGCUUUGGAACGCAUCAUGUCGAACAAUAUGUGGGUGUGAAUCUUCCUGCAUAUUUAUACGGAUGCAAGGCUAUUGAGUUUCUGGGAUCAGUUAAAGAAGAAGAUCAAUUUCAUGACCUUCAGAGUAGCAGAACUGCAAAUGAAACCGAUAAAGAGAUAAAAUUCUUCGGCAUUUCAAAACGAACUUUUCAACUCCCGGAAAAUUUGGGAUUUGUUUUAAAAGAUCUCGAAGUUUACGAAGCGAAAAACAAAAGAAUAAAAUUUUUGAAGUCAUCAAACUUUCUCAACCUUAACUUACUUCGAGCAUUGACUUUGUCUGGCAAUGACAUCGAAGAGCUUCCCGAGAAUAUUUUCGAUAAUUUGGAGGUGUUGGAAGUUAUAAAUUUAAAAGAGAAUAAGAUAAGUUUCAUAUCGUCAGACAUUUUCAACCAUUUGGCAACUUUAAAAGUUGUAAAUUUUGUACAAAAUCUUUGUGUAGAUGAAGAAAUUUUAAAUGAAUUUAAUAUCAGAGUGAAUGAAUUAAAUAAUGAGAAAUGCAAUGUUAAAAAUUCGAUUGAUGGGAAAAUUGAAAUUAUUGGACAACAGGACAAAUUAACUGCGAAUUUAGAAAUUCCAUUUGGUGCACAAGUUUAUCGAUCAUUCGAAUUCAUAUGCAGUGGAAGUGUCGUCACUGAUAGAUUCAUUCUUACAUCUGCAAACUGUUUCGAUAUUCGAGAACGUCUUGAAGAAUAUUUUGUGCUUUUAGGCAAUUCCGCACUUUACAAUGGUUUAUCAUUUGAUCUCGAAAAAAUUAUUAUUCAUUACGCUUACACAAAAGUCAUGAAUGAAGAUUAUUCAGACUUUCUGUACACUAAAAAUGAUUUAGCAUUACUUAAGACAUUGUCAAAGAUUCCAUUCACAAUAAAUCUUCAGCCAGUAAUACUAAACGAAGGAUGGAGUUAUGUCAGAAAUGGAACAGCAAUUAUUGUUGGAUGGGGAUGGUCACAUCCCCGUCGUAACGAAACGAAUACUCUACAAGCAGCAGUUGUUAGAAUAGAAGAUAAUUGUGCGAAUAUUUUACCAGAACAGCAGACACAAGUUGUUGAUCAAAGACAAGUUUGUACAACAACCUUCAACGACGACGCUCGAUCAACUGAAUUUGCUGAUACUGGUGGAAUGGUUUUGACGUUGUCCAAUAAGAAUCUCAUUCAAAUUGGAGUAAUUUCAUCAGGACCGACAAUCUUCCCUGAUGUACAUGAACGAAUUUCGUCUCACAUCAAUUGGAUUCAGUCCACAAUGCAGAGGGAAAUUCCAAACGACAAUUUUUCACAUAAAUCAGUCGUGAAAGAAAAGUUUGUAGGGAAAUUAAGUCGCGUGUUUUCAGAAGAUCUUGAAGAAAAUUCUGAUGAAAUCGAUCAAAAGAUUCAAAUUUAUGAACUUCUUUAAAACUACAAAUAAAACUUCAUCAACUUUGAUUCAAUCAUUUUUAUUAUCUAUGAGUCUAUGCAGAAUAAAAUGUCAGAAUAAUUUCAUAUUUUAAAUCAAAGUCUUUUUUUAUAAAAGUCAAACUGUGUAGACAACGAGAUAAAAAAAA